CGUCUCCAAUUCCAAUCAAUUCCAAUGCCUCCACUUGUCUCCUAUUGGAGCGAGUCCUCUUGGCGCUUAUAGCCCUCCUCACCGGUCGGACUGUGGCGUCUUGGUGGUUGGGUCGUUGACCUGUCUAUCUUCCCUUCUUCCUACCCGAACUGUACAGAUCUCCAUACUAUCAAAUGCUUCAUGUCAAUCUGGCCAGUACUACUCUGUCUCUACCCCCAACUUUCCUCCCAUUACACGCCUGUAGCGCCUGUAGCGCCUGUAGCGCCUGUAGCGCCUGCAAUCUUACCUCCGGCUCGAAUCAUUCCCCCCCCCCUCUCCUCUCUCUCCAUCUCUAUAAUUUACACAGCUUCACAUACAAUUACAUCAAUCUUGACUCUGCUCUACUAUCCUCUUACUCUCCAAUCAAUCCCUCGUCGUCGCUGUCGUGUGUCUCUUGCUGAAACCCCGUACUACUCGAGUACCCUACUUGCUACUUACUUUAUGUCCCAAUCCGCCAUUCUCGGUCCUACUUUCCUGCCCAACCCGCCAAAAACCAGGCCAAAACCACCCCAAACCAACCAAAACCACCCAAAACCACCCAAAAACCCCCCACAACCCACUAAACAUGAGGUCCCCGCCGCGUCCGACCAAGCUACGACCUACGACCUACAAACUACAGUUUCUUUUUCCUCUGUACCCUACGCCGACUUCCGCUGGCUGUACCGCCGAACCGUACAGUCACAUACCAGCUCCGUACUGGAAGUACUCUCUCCCCUCACCUCGUCAUCGACCCCGCCAAGUGUGGCUUCAACCCCUCCACAAUCAAUCACUUCUCACAAAAAUAUAGGUCUCUUCUCGGCCCUAUAUUGCUCCCCUUCAAAUCCAAUCGGCCUUGUUCGUCUCAUCUCCGUCGCCGGCAUCGUCCUAGCCCUAUUCAUCCAGUUCUUCUUCACCGGCCCCUCGAGCUUCCUCCAAACCCCAAUAAGCUCGCCGUCUUCUACAUUCCGCCCUCCCUCCACGAAUCCUGCACCCGCGCAAGCUGUCUGCGAGUGCCCGCACCCCUUCCUCCUCCCAACAACACACAUCUCGCAAGUGGGCAGCAUGUCUUCUCCUCUUCAGGAAGCCGCGCAGCGCGUGGCCAAGGAGUUCGACUACACCGAUGAUGAGGUGCUCAAGGCGGGGAAACAUUUCAUUACCCAGAUGCAGGAGGGCCUGCUGAAGGAUGGAACCUCGAUGAGCCAGAUCCCCACAUACGUUACCGGCGUUCCCAACGGCACAGAGAAGGGCGUCUACCUCGCCGUCGACCUCGGCGGAACCAACUUCCGCGUCUGCUCCAUCCACCUGCACGGCGACACGACCUUCACCCUCACGCAAUCCAAAGUCGCGAUCCCGAAAGAACUAAUGAUCGCCAAGACCGCAAAGGAGCUGUUUGAUUUCCUCGCCAAGCAAAUCGGGCUCUUCCUCAAAGAGCACCACGAGGAGCACUUCGAAUCGCACCUCCGCCGCCGCAAUACCGCCGCCUCCUCCCCCGCCGGCUACAGAGACGAAAACAUCUUCAAGCUCGGCUUCACCUUCUCCUUCCCCGUCCACCAGAUCGGCAUUAACCGCGGCACCCUGAUUCGCUGGACUAAGGGCUUUGAUAUCGCCGAUGCGGUGGGGAAGGAUGUCUGCCAACUCCUCCAGGACGCGAUUGACGCCCUCCACCUCCCCGUCCGCGUCUCCGCCCUCGUCAACGACACGGUCGGAACGCUGAUGUCGCGCUCGUACACAUCCCCCGGCAAAACCCCCACCGUCCUCGGCGCCAUCUUCGGAACGGGCACGAACGGCGCGUAUGUCGAGAAACUGGCGAAUAUCAAGAAGGGCCUUGAGGGCGCGUACGACAAGUCCACGGGGCAAAUGGUGGUUAACACCGAAUGGGGCUCCUUCGAUAACGAACUCACCGUCCUCCCCACCACCGUUUACGACAGGGAUCUCGACACCGCCUCAGUCAACCCGGGGAUCCAAAUGUUCGAGAAGCGCGUCUCGGGAAUGUUCCUUGGUGAACUCCUCCGUCUCGCUAUCCUGGCUCUGCACAAGGAUAACCUGAUCUUCACCGAUGCCGCGGCAAUCGAGAGUACGUCGCCGUUGAAGACGCACAGUGGGGUGGAUAGCAGCAUUCUCUCUGUUGCGGCAGCGGAUGAGAGUGACGACCUUGCGGCGCUGAGGAAGGAGAUUGCAGUGCAACUCGCUGUUAAGCAGGCGAAUGUUGAGGAUGCGAAGGCGAUUAAGACCAUCGCUUACGCCAUCGGACGCCGUGCUGCACGUCUCUCUGCCGUGGCUGUGGGUGCUAUCGUCGUGCAGAGUGGGCGUCUCGACACUUCCUCUGGUGCGGCUGGCGCAGAGGUCUGGGAAGAUGACAUUGUAGAUGUAGGCGUCGACGGCUCGCUCGUCGAGUUCUACCCCGCUUUCGAAGAGCAUAUGCGCGCUGCCCUGCGGAAGGUGGACGGCAUGGGGAAGAGCGGGGAGAGGAGGGUGAGGAUUGGGAUUGCGAAGGAUGGGAGUGGGGUUGGGGCGGCGUUGAUUGCGCUUGUGGCUGAGGGGGUGAAGGAGACGGUUUAAGCGGUGGUUUAGUUGGUGGCUGGCGAGGGAGAUGGGGAGUGGGGAGGGGGGAAAGAGGAGGGUGGGUUGAUGGUUGAUCUACUAACUGUGAUGAUGGUUAAUCUACUAACUGUGAUGAUGGUUGAUCUACUAACUGUGAUGAUAGUCGAUGACAGAGGGGGUGAGGAUCGAAGUCCUAUGAGGCGUUCUUUCUCUGCACCCCGUUGGGGUGUUUUAGGAUUGCUAGGUUGGGUAUGGUGGGGUGGGGGAAAUAUAUAUAUGCAUUUUAUCUAGCAUUAUCGGAAUUUAAAAGGGUUAUUUUAUGUAUGUGUUUUAUCUGUCUAUUCUUAGCCGAUGUAUGGGGUAGAGGGGAGGUUGGCGGCGAAGAACUCACGACUACGCAGACAAGAAGAACAACAAAUAUUUUAUUCUCUUUUACGGCAAUAUUCUUCCCCACACCUCGCAGUUGGGGGUACCCCUCUCCAUAUGCACACUCAAACUACAUCUCCCAUCUACUCUCUAUCAAAUACAUUCACCCCCCCAUCAUGCAGUAGUACAUACAGCACAUCCCAUAUAUAUCUCCCGUCCCCACUCCCCUCUUCCCUUCCCUUCUCC